AAACUGGUGUAAUCCGAAAGUGAGUAAUCGUUCGAACAAAGCGAAAGCAAACAGUUUUACUGCCAACUGCCAACUUUUCAGUUUAUCAGGAGCAAUGGAAGAAAACAUGAGUACAGAUAGCCCUCAAGAUGUUUCUGAUUCCAAGCCCAUCGUGGAGACUGACGCUUUUGGAUUCGGAAAAUGUACUUCUUCACACAGUACUAAGCCAGUAGCCACCACAAUACAGACAGCCUCUGAGUUUUUCUCCACAAAGUACAAGAUGGACUACGAGAACAGAGGAAGAGCCAUCAUCAUCAAUAACAAGAAGUUCAACCCGAACACUGGUCUGAACGACAGGAAUGGGACGGACGUUGACGCCUCCGCCCUCUGUUGUCGACUCUCCGAGCUCGACUUUGAAGUAGAUCUGUUUCACAAUCUCAAAGCAGACGAAAUUAAAUACCAGUUAAAAAAGGCUGCAUCUGAGGACCACAGUAACAAUGACUGUUUCACCUGUGCCAUUCUGUCCCAUGGGGAGGAUGGAUUAAUCUGGGGGAUAGACCGACUUAUUGCAAUCAACGACCUCCUGGAACCAUUCAAGGGAAAUAAAUGCCUCUCCCUGGCAGGCAAACCCAAAAUCUUUUUCAUUCAGGCUUGCCGUGGAACGAAGUUUGAUGAAGGUGUGGACAUGAACGUGGCUGAUGCUAAAGGAUUCAUGGAUAUAGAGCCGCAGUUCUCUCUUCAGAAAAUCCCCUCAGAGGCAGACUUUCUCCUGGCUUACUCAGUUGUCCCUGGUUACUACUCGUGGAGAAACUCCUCCAACGGGUCCUGGUUUGUACAGGCCCUGUCCGAGGUCCUAAUGAAGCACGGCCAGACCCUCGACCUUCUGACCAUGAUGACCCGGGUCAAUCAAAUCGUCGCCAACAAAUUCCAGUCCAACACAUCCCACCCUGACAUGAACGAGAAGAAACAGAUUCCGUGCAUCACCUCCAUGCUCACUAAAGAGGUUUACUUUACCAGUAAAUAGAGGGGCACCUGUCUAAUGGAGGGGCACCUGUUGUUAUGUUGAUGUGAUACACUUUACUGCCAUGGGAAAAGAGAGUGAACAAAAUGAUCUGUUAAGGAUUUUUUUUCCAAUUUCAUACAUUGGCAACUCUAACUUGGUAUCACUUGUUACAGAUAUAAAAGUUGCCAUCAUCAAUGAAAACCUGAAAGUGUUUUUUUUUUAUUUUUGGGGAGAAUAUGAAAUGAGUAUAAAGGUAUUGA